CAUACUUAUUCUGGUCUGGUUUUGUCGGAAAAAUGUAGUUCACUUCUGGUUUUUCUUUAAAUUAUGACAGAAUUUUGCGCAGUGAAUUCAUAACUUUAUGACUUAUACCUCAUGAUUUUUGUCAUGUCCUUCUCAUUCAAAACUUUCCAUGGACAAGUUCACAUGCAACCAUUCAAUCUUCCUGAUUUUUUAAUUACAGAUUUCCCUUCAUUCAUAAAAAAUAAAAACAAACAGAUCAGAAAUGCAGUAUCAGUCGCAUUGUAUGCCUUCGUUAAAUCUGCUGGAAAAAUUGGUGCAUUCAUUUCAAUCUAGAAAAUCUUGGAGUGUAAAGACUGCACAGAAAAAACAGUUGAAAAAGGCAGAGGAAAAGGUGAUAAAAUCUGAAACAACAACAGAGCCGAAAGUAUUAUGGCAAAUCGGUGCUCCUGAUGACGAAGACGAUUUCUUGCAACAAGUGGCCAAGGAGUCUCUCAUCCUGCGUGGCGAUGACGCAAUUGCGCUCUCCGCCCAGCUUCCGCCCCGUGCCACCGGAUUUCCGUGGAAAUUAGUCUACUCCACCCACACCCAUGGCACCUCGCUUUCCACUCUGAUACGAAAGUUGACCAAGGAAACAGCCCCCUCAUCCCCGAUCAUCCUUCUCAUCGAGGACCUUGAAGGACAUGUGUUUGGUUCUUACAUGUCCUGUGCAUGGAAAAUCAGUGACCACUUUCAUGGAGACUCUUCUACCUUCGUUUUCAAGGGAGGGCCAGAGGAAUUCACCUCUUUCAAAUGGAGUGGACAUAAACAUGCAUACUUUCUUCAGGCCAAGGAAGACUUUGUUACGAUAGGAGCGAGCAAUGGGAAGUAUGCACUUUGGUUGGACAACUGUCUAGAUAAGGGAAGGACGGAAGAGUGCAAAACUUUUGGGUCUACGCCGUUAACGCCAAAUAAAGAUUUUUCCGUCAAGUAUUUAGAAUGUUGGGCGCUGGAUGAUUUAUUACUUUAGCGAAUUUUCCUACAUUUUAUCUUCACGUCUGAAACUCUGAAUGUCUAAUAGUUACUAUCAGUCAAUUUAUUAUUUGAAUAAAAUACAAUGCCAAACUUUGUUGUUGCAUUCAA